AUGGGUUUUCCCGACAACCAUGACGAUGAUGACGACUCAGGAUACAACCCUUUCGCAACAUCAUCGUCGUCCAGGGCACCACAAUUCUAUCCUGACUCCUUGAAAUCCUCAUACGAUCAUUCCAACAUGGAAUACGAGGGCUAUGACUUGGUCUACCACUCCGGCACCCACCCCUCGACAGACCCCUCUACAGAGACCACGAGCUUAACAAGCUUAAGCCAACUCCAAGAGAACAUAGAUUCUUUUCCACCCGAAUCCAGUCAAGCCACAAUCUGUCCUUUGUCGCAGGGUGACGACUUUAAGUUCUUCGACGGCCCUGCAGAUUUGGAUCCACAGUGGAAUGCAAAGCCCGAUACUCUGGAUAACGAUCUUGGAAUACAAACAGAUUCUUUCCAAGCUUUCCAAAUGGCCUCAGAUGUCCAGAGAGCCUUGGACCCCUCCACAACCCGAGCCAUGAUGGGAAUUUCAAGCUCUAUGGAUUUGCCUCUACAGCAGCGACCGUAUGAGGAUGACAUGAAACAGGUACAGACACUAUGGUCUAGCCUCACAUCUGGUUAUGCAUGUGGCCACGAGGAAUUCAUGAAGGCACAUCGAGGCCUUGUAGCCCUCAAGGCCUUUUUCGAUUCAAAGCUGCCAAACAAUCCGCCUUCGACCCCAUCUGAAUCCAAUCCAAGAGACAGAGGAUCUUCUUUCCAAUGCAUAUUGUGCAAGGCCCAAGAUAAGACAGUAUUGAUCGGCUCUUUUGGCUCACUCAAAAGGCACUUGGCAUCCAUCCAUGACAUAUCUGACAAGAGGUUCUUCUGUCCGAUUCGGGGCUGCAGAAGAGAAACCUUUGAACGCCGGGAUAGACUGCGCGAGCAUUUGGCUCUGAUCCAUGCGAUUGAUCCAACGCGAAGCUAUGUUGACAAGGCCCGAAGAAAAGUUGAUCCCCCGCGCACUUGUCCUAUUUGUGACCGCAGAACUCAAUCGUGGGAUCAGUACUUCGAGCACAUCAAACACCACUGCUCUGUAUCCCCUGGCCCGGCUAGCGUCUCAACUGGCGAUGAUCGUUCUCGUCGAGGUGGGAAUGGGGGUGGUAGUAAUGGGGGCAAUCGUCCCAACCACAACCCUCCCUCCUUUGCUGAGCCAAGCAAUUCUAACGGACAGUCUCGGUUCUAUCAAGACAGCCAGCCAUCGGACCCUACGAAUUUUCUCCAUCCUGGAUCCCAGAGAGGACACAUGAGCAGUGCCAGGACAGAUACCCGACCCAGUUUUCUGAUGCACUCAAUCUCAGACAACCAAUUGGACCUUGUUCGUCGCCAAGGAUUUGAGCACGCUGCCGAGGACCAUUCCAUGAUCCCUUCUUUUGAAAAUCUUUAUAAUCCUGAUAUCGACAUGACAGGUGGAGUAGACCAGCAGUCUGGUCCUAUCCAGCCACUCCAGGAUUCUUCGUUUCUCCAACCUGAUCAGUUUGGCCCGAAGCCUAAAAGGCAUCAGAAAGGCAAGCGGUCAAACAGAUCAAGAGCACCUAUAGAGCCGACCACAGAACAGCAGCCCCCAAGCUCGAGAGAGUGUACCGCAUGCGGACAUGACUUCGAGAGAUGUCAGCAGUGUCAACACCUCACGGAGCCCAUCAAUGGCUGUCAUAAAUGCACCAACGGGACGGGCACUAGGAUCCAGACCCUUCCUGCCGAACCCUUUGUCCAGAGUCGCCAAAAUGGAUUCUCUCCUACCGGCGCCCUCAACGAACAGUCCUUUCGGCCUGCUUUCUCGGAAGACUAUGUUUGGCUUGCCCAAGGGCUAAGCCAAGAGCUCUACCCUCAUUCAAACUAUCCCACGGAGUACACUGGGCAGUACCCUGGAUCAGGGUACCAACGUCGCUCAUUCGAUAGCACUGGAACAGGAUACAGUGACGAUGUUUCCCCCGGGGGCACAAUGAUCAGGGCUGCAAUGGUCGCCGAAGAUCACGGUCUUGUGCACAGUCUCGACCCCAAGAUACUGCAGUUACCUACAGUUCGCGAAGACCUCAGACUGCUCUACGAUAUUGGAUUGGGCUCAUUGAUGAAAUCCAAAUCCCCUCAAGGCCAGUUCAAGCAAGCUAUAAGCAAAGCUUUUGGCCUUUCUCCGGAGCCAUACACCGGACUUCCCCUCAAGACCCGUGGACCGAGCAUGCUCGGGUCUCCCCAACCCGUGCCUCAAUGUCAAUGCCCAUGUGCGAUUCUGCCUGGUACCACAUACAAGGCGCAUCUCCGUGCCCAACUGUCUCCUUGCGAACGAGUUGAAAUGACCUUCAACAUGACCCCAGCUAGCCGCGAGUCUAACCACCCCCUCCGUACUCGAGUAAAGGUGGUUGUCAGGCUCUUGAGACUCAGGGCGUCGGUCUCAAAGUCGAACGCCAAGCGCAAGCGAAGAAAACAAUCCAUCGAAUCUGAAGCCACUUCAGAAGACGAUGCUGGAUCUGAGACCGACACAGAUCAUGCUCUCUCCCCUACAUCUCCCUCCGGCUCUGAAGAUAUCCCUGUCGUCUUAUGGACCGAGGAUGUUCAAGACUGGUCCUUUGACUUUGAUCUCAAGUGGGCGAUCUCGAAAUUCGCCGAAUGGACCAGUGGCAUUAAUGCCGAUACGUACCUCAAGAUUUUCCAUGCUGAACCUGGCCACAUACUGGAUUUAAUCUCAUUGUAUAUCAUGUACAGUUACAAACAACUUUGGUUGUUGCGUGUCGCCGGACUGGAUUCUCUUUUGAGGCGCCUCAUGAUUUCAUGA